AUGGAUCCCCUAUCCAUCAUCGCGAGCCUUAGCGGUGUCCUCGCCUUCGCGGCUCAAUCCACACGCACUCUCACCACACUAAUCACCGAAAUCAGAGAUGCACCCAAGGACAUUUCCGAUCUCCGGGUCGAGCUGGAAAGCCUUUCAAUGCUACUCCAGUCCGCUCAGAGUCUCACUACCACCUACACAUUACGGAGCGAGGAUGCCGUCAUCGCCCAGACGCUCACUCAGUGCACAACGUGGUGUCAAGAGUCGAUGCAGGACCUUCGCGUGGUCAUCUCUCCAUUUGCUGAGGCAGGCAGUGCCAGGCGGAGCCCCAUGAGGAUGCUCAGUUGGAUCAUGCACAAGGAAGAGGUCCGAAAUUCUACUGCGAAGCUGAGAGACCGCAAGGCCAGCUUCAAUCUGGCAGUCACGGUGUUGAACGGCCAUCUGACGGGUAAGGCUCAAGACGAGAUACGGCAAGACAUUGCCGCAGGUUACGACAGAAUGCUGGGCAGUUUCAUCAAUAACGCCAGUGCAAGAAAGAUUAGAAAACAGCUCGAGGACGACGUCUCCAGCAUUCCAGAGGAAUCACGGCGAAGGUCGACAACGGAGCAAACGGAUGCCGGUUUCGCGAUGAGGAAGUACUUGGAAAACUUGGACAUUGCCUCGGCUCCCGAAGAGGCCCCUCACACAAUAGAUACCAGGCAAGUGCACUGCAUCUCUUGUCUUGACAAAACACCCAGGCCGCUCGUGCAAGCGGUUUCCGCGGGCGACAAAGCAGCAGUGAUAGACCUACUCUCCAAGGGAGCCCGCGUGUCGGAAAGAGCAGCUGGGGGUGCGACGGCGCUACAUGUCUGCGCAAUGUACGACGACCGGGGCAUAGCUGAGGUUCUGAUCGAGCACGGCGCUGCAUUAGACAUGAAAAACGACCAACGCUUGACCCCGCUCGAUGUCUGCAUGCAAGAGCACUCUCAGGAUGUGGCGAUCCUCCUUAUCGAAAAGGGGUGCCGGAUGGGCAAUUUCUCGAACAGGGUCCUCGACGUCUUGCAAGAAGCCGAGGAGGAUGACUGCAGAAUGGAUGCCGUCCUGGAGGCUGUGGCCAAGAGAUAUGAGGACACUGGCGGUGGGCCGCAGUUGCUGCACGUGGCUCUGGAGCGGGAGGACUCGAACGUGUUGGUCAAGUUCCUCGAGCUUGGCUUCGAUCCUAACAUCUCGGAAGACGGUUACAGGCCCAUACACCAGGCUGUUGUGAGAGAUCGGUUGGAAGACGUCAAACUUUUGAUCGACAAAGGGGCCGACGUGAACGCGAUACUCCCACCUAGUGCUCUCAAACCCAGGAGGACAGAACCCCGCCACAAGCUCAUAGUGGAGAGAUGCGACACCCGCGACUAUACGGCUCUUAAGCUGGCAUCGGACAGCCUGCCUAUGACAAAACUGCUUCUAUCUCAUGGUGCCGAUCCUAAUGUCGUGUUUCCAGUUGCUCGUGACAAUGCCCUCAACUGUAUCUGCGCAGGAUGGUAUCUGCCAGUCGCAUUGGAAAUCAUCAAGCAUGGCGCCGACGUAGACUUUCAGAAUUCGAACGACGGCUGCAGCGCGCUAUAUUGGGCGGUCCAGUGUGCAAAUACGGGAUUGAUCAACGCUCUUCUGGACAACGGCGCCAACCCCAACAUACAGACAUGGGAGAGAAAUGGCGCGUUCACACCGCUCCAUGCUGCCGUGAAUAGUGGGAGAUACGACGAGGCUAAAAUUUUGGUUGAGAGAGGCGCGGAUCUGAGCAUUCGCGACUCUGAAGGGCUCACGCCACUGGAGAGAGCGCGCCAGUCGAAUAGUCUUGCAAUGGUGGAACUUUUGGCGUCACAUACGAGCCUUGACUCUCCCAGGACUACGGCCCAUAGAAUCCAUUCAGGCCACGGCAGGGGGAAUAGGUGA